GGUGGAGGAGCUGCUCGCGAGCUGCCAGGACCAGGACGCUAGUGAAGGCAUCUCCUAACUUUUCCCACACACACUGAAAGUUGCUCUCUUUUGGACUGUUAUCCCUGCUGUCGGUGGCUGAACAUGACAACAGACUCACACACGACCUGUCGGUGGUGGUGAUGAAGCGGACGCUACGGACCAGGACGAGGAAAUAAUAAAAAGGGGAAAACAUGCGAGAGGGGAAACUUGUGGAAUGAUGCCCGGGCGACCGCAUCCCUCCCUCCAAAGUUCAGCUAAGACCUACUGGUGGACGUUCGAUCACAAUUUGGAGCCGUCUUACGUUGCUAUCAUCUCCACUGUUCAUCACCUGUAACCGAGAGGGCCCUGCAUCUUGGAUGAGGAGGCGACUGCCGGGAUGAAGGUGACGGUGACCUUUGGGCAGACGGGGGUGGUGGUGCCCUGCAAGGAGGGCUGGACUGUGAGGGAACUCAUCCAGCAAGCCACGCAGAGAUACAGAAAACUGCUGGAACAGGAAGGAGAAUUCAUGGUUCGGACUCACCAUGUUGAAUACUGUGAUGGGGGCAUUCUGGACCCUGAUGAUAUUCUCAGCGAUCUGGUGGAAGACAAAGACAAGCUGAUGGCGGUGUAUGAGGAACAGGAAGCCCAGCAGAGGGGUGUGGCCAACACAAGCCUAGCCCCCAGCCCUGAGCUCUACCAGACUGAGCUCUCGGCCUUCCAGCCAAUCGCAGGAGGAGAGAUAGAAGUCAAUUCUUCUGUGCUCAAGUCCAACACCCCCCUGCUGGUGAGAAGUAGCAGUGAGUCAGCCCUCAGCCCCCAGGUGACAGAGACCUCCCACAAUGCAGACACCUCUGAGAUGGCAGCUGCUCCCGCCGCGGAGGGGCCUGUAGGGAUGGAGCGAGCCCAAGGCAAACACGCCUUCGGUAGCAGCCUGACCAGAAUAGUGGAGAUCCUGGGAGAGGACAGUCCCCUGGGUAUCCAUGUGGUUCCUUACUGCUCAUCCCUCAGUGGACGGUCUCUGGGUCUGUUCAUCCGUGGAGUGGAGGAGGAGAGCCGCUCCAGGAAGCAGGGCUUGUUCCAAGAGGACGAGUGCAUCGUCAAGAUCAACAACACCAGCCUCAUGGACAAGACGUUUAGCCAGGCCCAGGAAGUCUUUCGCCAGGCGAUGCGUUCCCAAGUCGUCCGCCUGGAAGUAGUUCCCUCCUCCAACAGGGAACGUUUUGAGAAGAGUCUGAUUGGUCAGCUGUUUGGCAGCAGCGCCGGUCCUGAUCACAGCCCCAGAAUCCCCAAGACCAAAGCGCCGCCGCCACCCAUCAAAGCCAAACCUGUGUUUAAGCCGCCUGAGAGUCCAGCCAUGCGACUGGCUGAGGAGCCUGCUACUCCGGACCCUGCUGUCGGUACCCCCAAAGGGAGGAGCGAGAGCCCCCUUCUUAAGAAAAGCCCUGCUCUCUCCAGCCUGGUGGCCAAUAAGAGAGGAGGACGAAGAUUGAGGAUCGACUUAAAGAAAGGUUCAGAAGGUCUCGGCUUUACUGUCGUAACCAGAGACUCCUCCGUUCAUGGUCCUGGUCCCAUUCUGGUUAAGAACAUUUUGACACGUGGAGCCGCUGUCAAAGACGGACGCCUGCAGUCUGGAGACCGCAUACUUGAGGUCAACGGUGUGGAUAUUACAGGCGUGGGCCAGGAGGAGUUGGUGUGCAUGCUACGAGGCACUCGGCAGGGAGAGAGUGUGUGCCUGGUGGUCCUGCGGCCGGAGGAGAUGUUCCUGCCCAGAGAGAUGGAGUUGCCCCGUGUGCCAGGCUCUGUUUGGGAAAGUGGAAAGGAGCAGCUCAUGUUCGAGGUUCCUCUAAAUGACACCGGCUCGGCGGGGCUUGGCGUCAGCCUCAAAGGAAACAAGUCCCGGGAGACGGGAGAGGAUCUGGGAAUCUUCAUUAAAUCCAUUAUACAUGGAGGGGCUGCGUACAAGGAUGGCCGUCUGCAUAUCAAUGACCAGAUGGUAGCUGUGAAUGGAGAGACGCUGGUGGGACGCUCCAAUCAUGUGGCCAUGGAGACUCUCCGCCGGUCAAUGUCACAGGAGGGAAACGCCAGAGGGACCAUCCAGCUGGUGGUGCUGAGGACCCUGAAGGAGCAGCUCGGCGUGUCACCCAAUCGCUCCUUCGACGGCUCCUCUGGUCUGUCGGGGGUGAUGAGACCGGUGAACGGUCAGACAGGAUUGGUCAAUCAUUCCAACGGCCCCAUCCACCCCCCCCUCGUGACAAACACUCUCUAUGGGUCUAAUGUGACCAAUGGGAGUUACUCUCACAUGGACGAGGUAGACGAGGGGGAACUGUACGGACACGAGGAGUUCACGAGCUCUCCACAACACUCGUACCUACAGGAAUGGGGAAACUCUCACAUCUCCAGCCAGGCUCAGCCCCAGACUCCCAGUCAGAGCCAGAGCCAGAACCAGAGCCUGAACCAGAGCCAGCGACAGUUCCAGCAUGUUAAGGCCUCCAAGAGCAUGGACCUGGGUACGACUCAGAACCAGCAGCAAACUGUGGCAGAUGAGAGCAACGUAGGAUCACUGGUCGGAACCACUGCAGCUCCGGCGAGUCCCGUAGAACUGGGCCCCACCCUCGGCCUGAAGAAAUCCAGUUCGUUGGAGAGCCUCCAGACGGCCAUGUCAGAGGUGAACAGGAAAAACGAACUCCUCCCUUUCCACCGUCCUCGCCCAAAUAUGGUCAGGGGAAGAGGCUGCAACGAGAGCUUCAGGGCAGCUAUCGAUAAAUCCUACGAUGGGCCGCCUGAAGAUGACGACGAUGAUGGUACGGACCCGAGCUCAGGCCGUGACACCCCCGCCAGCAGUUCAUCUCGCCAGGGAGCGGUGGAUCAGAUAGAGGAGAAGGGUAAAAAGGACAAGAAAAAGAAAGCCAAGACAAAGAAGAAGGAGAAGAACAAGGGAAAGGGAAAAGAGAAAAAGAAAGCGGAGGAGCCCGAAGAGACGGAGAAGAAGAGCAAGAAAAUAGGAUUUGGUCUUCUGAGAUUUGGGAAGAAAAAGGAGGAGAAGAAGGAGGCGAAAGCUGCUCUACAGCGACAGAAGUCUGACAUCCUGAGUGAUCACGAGUUCGAGAGGAUGAAGGAGGAGAGAGAAAGAAUUGAGGCAGGUCACCCUGAGCUGCGGGAGCACCAGUCCAGAGACCAGCAAGGUGGCGGGUCCACGUAUCCAGAUGUUGAGGAUGAUGAAGCGGAUCCCAACUACGCCAGAAUACAAAACUUCAGGGAUCGAGAGAUGGGUCCAGUUCCGCAGCAGCUUAGUCAGGCUCCUCCCUACAAUGCAAUUCAGCACAGCCAUGCUCACGCUGCUGCCCCGCAGAACCCCUCUGCCUUUCCCGGACAUGGAAAUCAUGCUAAUGACCCCGGAGCCGUCCCUGAUGAUGACCACAUUGACAGGCUGUAUGCCAAGGUCAAUAAACCGAGGGCAGCUGGGUCUACGUCUCCUCCUGCGCCUGCCGCUGUCAAUGACAGCAGUCUGGACAGGAUCCAGCAGCUCAGAAGAGAGUACCAGCAGGCGAGGAGAGAAGGGAUCGUCCCGCCUUAUGAGGAACUGGACCAGCGCCGCAGAGCGCACGAAAACGACGCACACAGGAUGCCAGGCAGAGGGGCAGAUCCUCGGUUGGCACCACGUUAUGAAGAGGUGGAGCGACAGUAUGCCUCCUUACCAAGACGGGGUCCGUUGGAUCCGGCUGAAUACCCCAUGCAGCCCUGGGCAGGUCACUACCCCGGACCCCCCCAGGCCCCACAGGGUUACCCUCAGCCCAUGUCCUACCCCAACCCCAACUCCCAGCCUGCUCCGUCUUACUCCGGCUACCCACCCCCUGGUCAGCCGUACCCACGUCCAGGUGACCCACGGGGGGUUGACCCUGCCUACUACCCCCACCCAAGCGCUCAGCAGAGAGGGCCCAUGCGGCAGGACGUGCCCCCCUCCCCCACCCCUCCACUUCGAGGACUACGGUACGACACCAUGAUGCGUGGAACUGGGGGUGGAGGCUACAGGCACCUGGUGGAUCCUGGUCCGGACCAAUAUAGCUACACUGGGGAGGUGGGAAGACAGCAACAGCAGCAGCAGCACCAAACCAACCCAAGACAGAAGAAUGCCAUGACCGCAGCUGUGUAGACCAAUCACGUCCAGAGAUGAUAAACAUGAACAGAAUGCUGAUCGCUCUCGAUUGUGCGGCUCCUCUGCUUCCACCGCUCUAAUGAAACAGAGUCCAAACCCCUAAUGCUGCGAAUCACCAUCAUUAUCAGACAUUGUCUACUCUGUUGAAAAGUAUAUGGUUCUACCCAGACGAGGUAAAGGAGGUUAAUUAUAGAGGAGCUGGCCUGAUGCAUAAUGUCUUGUUUGAAGUCAUUUAAAUUGCUCGGAGUCUUCCCGGAGUGUAAAAUUAGCGGGGCUUUUUGCUUUUCACUAUACUCUGAUUAAUUUGUCUCUUUCCAGAAGCAGUCAGAGGCUCAGGUAAUUGGAUCCAUUUAAAUUAAGCCACCAAAGGCACAAAUACAGCUCUGCACUCUCAUAUUGAAGCUGUCACUUUCAAUACAGCCGCUCCGACAACAAGGCAAAAGAUAGAAUACCCUUAUAAAGAGCAUGCAGUAACACACUGACCUCAGUUUCCUGGCCGUUCACAUUCUGAGGCAACAACUUCCAGUGAUAAACACAAAUUCAUCAUCAGGACUAAAGCAGCUCAUGUUUACAAAGAAACUUGAAUGUGGGUCUUUUAGUUUUUCAUCCCCUGAGGACAAGUUCAGAUGAGGACGAGAGUCGGAAUGACCCCGUGUUCCCAAACAGUGUGGGCAGCCGCAAAUUAGUGUGAAGAUGUCAUUCUUUACUGUGUUGGUAAUGGCUGCUGAAACAGAGGCGUUGUGCAGAAAGUCGGUUUAUCCCUCCGAGCCAAAUCACUACAACAAAAGCUCCACAGAGCAUCGGGAGACGAUGGUUGCUCUGCUGAAUGAAGUGCUCCUUUUGACCCCGCUUUUUGUAAUUGUUGAAGUGCACCAUAGCACAGUAGAGCACUUGUAUGAAUGAUUAUUUCUGUGUCAUUUUAUGCUUUUAAUAAUGAUGUUAUUGCUUUUUAUUCUUAUCAAACGUAUUUCUUUUAGAUAUGAGUUUCAGGAACCAUCCCAGAAUAUUACUGUUUCAGACCACAACACAUUUCAUUGAUAAAUCUCAUCUGUAUGUUUUUUAUUCCAGGAAUUAUAUGACUGAAGGUUUUUCUAUCGACAAAUAACUUUAUUUAAAAAUGAGCCCUACUUGAAUGUAUGAAAACAAAAGGUGUCAUUUCCAUCUAGUUCACGUAGAGAACCAUAGACUGUAGAUAAAGAUGGACGACGCGUCUCCACUUCCUCCCAGGAUACAAGAGCUGCCAUCUCGAGCUGAUGACGUCACAGCUGUCAAUCAUCACAUUUCACCCCAAUUCUUAUACCUUCAAAUUAAACCUGCUGGAAGAUAAGAUAAGAACUACUCUAGUUUACAGAAACCAACUUUCAGAAAACCUUAUUUGACCUGUAGGCUACUCUGAGAUUUUAUUUCGGUCUAUGACUCAUCCACUAUCAUGUAGGAGGCGGGAUUCACGCCCUAUACUGCAGCUAGCCACUAGAGGGCGAUCCAGAUGCUUUGGCUUUACUUCCGGGGUGCCGCCAUGUCGUCCAUCUUUAUUUACAUUGUAAACUUCUUGUGUUUUGAAUCAUAUCACAAUGAUCUGAGUCUUUUUGGUUUUCUAUCCGACAUAUGAUUGACAAAGUUUGAUCUGAAUAAUAAUAUCAACCCAUAAGCUUUGAGGUAACAGAAGGAGCUCUGUUCAGAACAAGAUGAUAUCUCAAUGGAGACGAUACACAAACCAAAGCUUUGUAAUGCUGCCUUGUCCUUCACUCAGAUUAACAGUUCACGUUUCAAAGCACAAAACAAUUGAUUUAUCAGUGACAACAGUGCUAGAACUUACUAGACAGAAAUUUAAGAGAAGCAGGCGAAUGAAGCACGUGAGAAAAAUGAUUGUCGAAGCGUUCAUUUUGUGUAAACCAGGCAGAAAAGGUUGUUCUGCUUUUGGGGCCGGUGUUGAACUGACCAGAUGUCCAGCUCACUUUCACUCAGCGUUGCUCAACAGCCUCUCCCUCCCGGUGUACAGCUCGCCCCAGUCGGGCUGUGAAGGAUGCUCACUGCACAUCUCUACGACCCGGUGGUGUAGGCGUCACUGCUCGUUGAAACACGAGUUGGGCAUCGGAGUGCUCGUCUCACCGCUGCUCCAUGGAGUAGAUCCAUUUAGCCACUUACUGAACCAUCAGUUAAGUGUAACUGAGAUUUAACAUUUCUGUUGGUUCCAUUCCACAAAACCCUGCAGUAUUAACUUCAAUGCUUUAAAUGACAAUUUCCCUGAUUUGAUGAAUUGCGUCUGUGUUAUUAAGAAUGAGGAUGAAAUACCACUAAAGGAUUGAAUGUUGAGAGUAAUUUGACUGAAACCCACGUGAAAGAAUGUGAAGUAGAGGAGUGAACACGCUGCUGUGUGCUUGUUCGUUAGAGAAACAUGGAUGAUUGAGUGGAAGGAGGUAGAUUGAAAUAAUUAGUAGGGAAAAUAGGGAGCGGUGGAAAGAAAGAAACAGAAGUGAGGAUAGGUCGAGAAGUGAUGAAGGAAAAAUGAAACUAAUGGUCUCAGAAAGAAAAGAGGGAUGACGGUGAAGAGGAAACAGAUGAAGGUGUUGAUGGAGGCAGGGGAGAGAAAUGGUAAAAACAGAUGCUGUGCAAGACCCCAAUGAGGAAGAGGAGAGGAAACGAACAGAGGAAAGAAUGAAAGAUCGUAAAACUAUGGGCGGGGCUUGCUCUGCAGUUGAAGGGGGGGGGGGGGGGGGGCUAUGUGAUCGUAUUGACUGAAUGUAGUGACUUUGGAAUUUACUUUACAAUAUUUGUUUUUUUUUACGCUAUUAUCACUUUUUAUUCUUCCUCAGUAAGUCCAAGUGUCCAGGACUUUACUGAACGUACAACAAUGAACCAUGUAAUCUGAAAGAGACUGAUGGUCGACUCAUCCGUCAAGUGUAGAAAACUCACACCAAAAUAAUUCUCAUGCUGUCACUCACUCAGUCUUUACUCGGUAAAGAAGGUCUGUAAUCCAACCUCCACAUCGCGAGUGGUAGAGUCCGGAUUGUACCAUUACCUCAAACAAACUGCUAGUUGGGUAGUAAAUGCUCCAAUCUAAUGUAGUCGAAUUAAUCAAUUAAUCUAAGUUUAAGAUCAUUUAAAUUAGGACUGAUGGGGAGAAGGUAAACAUCAUAUACAACACAAUAACAUAAACAAGGUGAUAUUGUAUAUACCUUGAACCCAAUAGGUGUUGAUUCACAACUAAUAAUCUACACUUGUCAGUUUAAAUGUGUGACUCUGAUGCCAUUAUACCAAAAUAAGACUCUUGUUCAUUUCCAAAAGUGUUGUUACUUAUUUUUAUUAUUAAAGGGAUAGUUCACUGGAAAAUUAUCAUUAUCUACUCACCACUAUGCCGAUUGGGGGGGGGGAGUGUUUGAGAAUCCAACACACGCUCUGGUGUAGAAGUGGAGGUUAUUCCAAAACACGAGUUUGACCAAUCGUGAGUCAGCUCCAGCUGAACACGCUCCAGUGUGAUUAGAACGACCUGAAAUGAUAGAAACCAUCUUUGAGAAAAAUGUAUUUCGCUUUUCAGCUUUGGUUCAUGUCACUUUCAGUCCUGUUGUUCAUCUUGAUUCUACGGUUUGAAACAGAAUGAAGAGAAAGAUUUUCUGGCUGCGUCUGAAAACUGGGUGAACAGUCCACUUGGAACAUUCCAUGAAGGUGUUUUACUGUUACUCUAAUAUUACUACACAUUUCACAUAUAUGUCAUAUUUAACAUAUUCUUUUUUAAUGACAGUUGGUGUUGUUUGUUUGAGUUUACCGGAGCCACAUGAUGUUUGGUUGCUGUAACCGUGCUAAUGUAAGAAGGCUCCAUCCCUCUUCACAGGUUCAUGUUGGUCUUUCCUGUUUGAAAAUUACCUGAAAAUGUAAAUCUUAAUAUUUCCAAAAUUGGGUAAAACAAACAGGACAUUGUUGUGUAGCGUGGUUAAAGGUACUGAGCAUCUGGUGUGUGUCGCUCUCUGGUUUUGUGUCAGUACAGGAUGAGUUGCACAAGAUGAAGGUACGAAACCAGAACCCUCUGUUUGAAGAGUGCUGGUACUACUGGUUCUCCUCAUACAGAGACCAGGGAAUGAAGGAACCAACUAAAUAACCUCUCUGUCCUACAAGUAUAACAUUUUUAUUACACUGAUUGUAUCCAAAAAAAAUGCUUUUUAUAAUGUUGUAACAAUAGCAAUGAUUUCUAUUCCUGUUCUCCUGCAUUUUUAUAUUUAUGUAUAUAACAUCCUCUUUUUGCAUUAAAAUAUUCAUUUUAAAA